GUCAACCUGGUGCUGGGAUGAUCGGCAAAAUCUGGGGCAAGAGACGAGCCGUGCGCAGAACAUCUUUAUCCGAACUCAAUGCGGCCCUCACCACCAUUCAACCGCACCUGAACCGAUCCGAGAGACUGCAAUCCGGCCUCGCUGAGGCUGUCUCACACAGAGCUGAUCCAGAAUAUCGGCGACGAUAUAGCUUCCCAUGCUACGCUUCCAGUCUGCCAGUUCCUCGCCGCGUCAGACGCCGCACCGCGGGGAGAUUAGAGGGGACUGACGCGCUCACCAUGUUUGCCGGAAUCUCUCAAAUAGCUGUUUUUGUGCCUCCAUCAGAUGGAACGCCAAGGGAACUUCCGCCCCCGACGCCGGUCAGGUUUCCCCGCUGUGUGCCACAAGCGGGAGAGCAUCCUCCAUCACCGCGGGGAAGCGUCUCCCUGGUUUCUCUUCUGCAGAGCAUCCACAGACCGGCUGAUAUCAGACUUUCUCACUUCGAUGCCCUCAGGCUUCACGUGAUUGCAGAUGCAUCACCACAAGACCUUAUCCCCGAGAGAAACUUUCUACCGCCAGUCGAGGAGUGGAAUGCUGUCCCCCAGGAUGACUUAUUGGAAGCUAACGAGGCUACGAGGAAGCCUCUCAACAACGGCAACCUCUCUCCGGGUGUGCAAACCUACCGAGAGCGCCAAAAAGAGCUCCUAAUCGACAAUGCCGCUGCCUUCCGCACCAUCAGGCGGAUCCCCGCGCCAGCAGGGGAAACAGCAGCCCGUCUAGGAAAUGCCUACGAGUUCUACAAGAACCUAGAAUUCUUCUCCGGGUACUGGCCCGACACAUCACUUGGCCCGGAGGCGGAGACAUCACCGAAGGACGAGAACGAUACUACGCCUCUUCACCUACAAACGCAUGUCCGUACAGGCACGGGAUCUCAGCUUCCCCCAGACCAACGCCAACAACUUCUCACUGCCUUCAUCAAACUCGUGGCCUACGACUUCGGCUGCAACGUCUCUUUCCCCCGUGUCGAACCUCGCUUACACCUCACUCCUCCCCAAUCAGCCUCUCCGCCAUCCUACUUCAACUCAUCCGUAACCUUUAUCUACCGCACGCCGACCGAGCGAGCCUCCGCCCGUGCUGGCAUCGUCGAAGGGCCCGUCGCCGCGCUCUCAGCAAGAGCAAGCACCGUCUUCGCUACAGAAGCAGAAGAGCACCUCGACCUCGCACGAGAAAUCGUCGCCGUGCUCCUCACAGCGCAACAGCGAGCCCGAGAAGCCAAAUCCGAGAAGCGUUUCGGGGAUGGGAAAUGGUGGACCUCUACUCCGCGCUGGGGCGGCGGACCUGGUGGACCUAUUGGUCGGGAAGGCGACAAAAUUGACGAGCUACUUGUCGGCAAAGAGGAGAAAUUAGUAGGCGGGGCGGGGACUGAAAAUGAAGGAAGGAAGGUAGCAGGAGAAUUCAGGAAGACAAUCGGUGGGAUCAAUGGUCCCAGUGCUUCAAAACGAUCCAAGAAAACAAAGGAUGGAAACAACAUGCAGAUCUACGAGAGCUACCGCAGGAUGAAUCCCCCUGGUCCCACGUGGGAUCGCAAAGCUCGGUAUUGUGCCAUUGGCAAAAAGCCCGGGAGUGGAUUUGAUGAUGUGUUUAUGGUCAGUUCGCUGAAUCAUCACAUUUGUAUUGUGAGGGCUAUGGUGCCAGAAAAAUUGCUGGGUGUGUUUGAAGGGAGCAACGAUAGAGAAGGAUGGGAGCGGGUCGUGAUGUGGAGGAGUAAGUGGUAUGACUUGUAUUUGAAGGAGGAGAGGAUUGAGGCUAUGGGUGUGGUAUGGGGGAUGAUGGCUUGGCUAAUGAGGAAGAUUGAGGAUCCGGUGAAGGCUGAGGAUCAAGUCGCUAACGGGGCUCAGGAUGCGAAGAUGGACUUGAGCUAGAUUGGAUUUCAGAUGAGAGGAUGAGCUUGGUCUUUAGAUAGAAUGGAUAAAUAACCUGGCGAAGGGUUCUCUUACAUUUGAGUUUCCAAUAAAGCACUUAAAUGGCUUGGACAACGAUAUCCUAACAUCUCUCCGGCAUGUCCACCUUGUUCGUUGUCAACUCGAUGUCCAUUUCCUCAACACAAAACUCUCCUCGGUUGCAUCGUUGGGUUUCAUCGUGACUCAUGGAAUCCGUGUGUCAUCAAUGGUGUUGACCAUGUCAGGUUGCAAAUUAUCUGCAAAAGGCUCUGCUGCAUGUUGCCUCGGUAUCUUGAGAAUUCUAGGCGAUUGAGAUUUUCUUCGAAGCUC